CUUUCCUUCGGAAUUCUCGGAAUUCUUCUCUCAUUUUAAAAGUUAAUAAGAAGAAAAUGUCAACAACAUUUAGCUAUUCAUAGGAUUUUCUUGAUAGUUUUUGACAAUUUAUUAUGGCAGACAGCGAUACAAAGUUUAUUAAAUGUGUAGUGGUUGGAGAUGGAGCCGUGGGAAAGACUUGUAUGUUAAUGAGUUAUGCUACGAACAAGUUCCCAACGGACUAUGUACCAACUGUGUUUGAUAAUUAUGCAGUGACAGUUACUGUUAAAGGACAACAAUAUCAACUAGGAUUGUUUGACACAGCCGGCCAGGAAGAGUACCAAGGUCUCAGGCUACUUUCAUACCCCGGUACACAUGUUUUCUUAAUGGCAUUUUCUAUUACAAUGCCAGAAUCAAUGAAAAAUUUGGAACUUAAAUGGAUACCGGAAGUACGUCAUCAGUCACCGUCUUCAGCAUAUUUAAUCGUAGGGACUCAGUGUGACCUUAGAGACGACGAAAAAGUUAAACAAAAAUUGCAAAAACGUAGGCAAAAACCUGUUACCCUAGAAGAAGGACAAAAAUUAGCAAAACGAGUGAACGCUGACUGUUACGUUGAAUGUUCAUCUUUAACAAGACAAGGACUAAAAGACGUUUUUGAUGAGGCUCUUAUAGCAGUAUUGGACCCUAAAGUAAAAAGGAAAUCUGCAAGAAGAAAAGUGAGAUGUGUUAUAUUAUAACUUGAGUUCAUUUAACUCAUCACUUCAAAUUAAAUUCAUUCACCUUACUCAAGUGUCACAGGGUUUAAGUGAAGAUUAGUGCCUGCUAUAGUUCAAGUAAAAAGUCCGAAGUGCGUUUUCCGGAUUAAAUUUGGUAUAUAUAUACUUAAUUCACAUUUACAUUACAGUUGUGAAACUUACAUUUAUAUUCUGUGAAUGUUCUUGGAAAAUAUGUUCUUGGAAAAUGAUUUAAAUGUAUUUGUUUAUAGGCCAUAGCAUUUUAUUAUAUGUAUUUAGUCUGUGCAAUACAAUACCUAGCAUUUGUUGAUUGGGGGAAAUGUGAGGUUGCACAUGUUUUUGCAUUAGACACUACCUGAUAUGUUUACUUCUUUUUACCAGAAAUAGCUUUAGUCAGAUUUUUUUUUUUGAAAAAGGAUGAAAUUACAUUAACUGAUAACAUAAUGGGUUGUAAUAAAUAGUAGAAAUAUUACAAGAGAAAUAUUUAUAAUAUUUGUUACUGAACAUACAUACAUCCUAUAAAUACUAUCAUGUGAAAUUUUAUUGAUUUUUAUAGCUUUCAUGUGUGUGCCUUCUUAUAUCUCCAUUCUUGAUGAAAUCAAAAGAGUUUUUACUUAUUUCUAACUUAUUUAGUCAGAACUAUUAUUUAGCCAUCGUUGCAUAUAUGUAUUACUUUUGUUGCUACUUGAACUACUAAAUGAUCGAUACCAAAAGAAACUUAGAUUUGGAAUAUGAUUUUUUAAAGAGCAUGCCUAUAUUUUAAGGUUCGAUUUGUGAAAAAAAUUCAAAUCAUUGUUAAUGGCUUUUCGUAAAAAACAUUGACAGGAAAGACAAAUUGUGCGAAGGAUGGUUUAACAUACGAAAUUAGGUAUGUGAUCUUUUAUGCAUAUAACUAAGACAGAUAAGUAACAGUUAGAUCUGAUAUCAUAUUGACACACAUUUGUCAUAAUACAUAAAAUCUUUUAUUAAACCGGUGCUUUUGACAGUGUUGUAUAACAAUAUUUACGAUUCUACACGUUAUUCAUGUGAAUAUUAUUAUCUUGGGGUAUAUUGUAAAAGUAUUUCAGUUUCAGCUGAUUUGUUGAUAUUUCGAUAUUAUUCAACACAAGAACAUUGUAACUCUAUCAAAUGGUAGGAUGUGAAAAGUGGAUGAUCUGGAUAAUGGGUUGGCUAGUUUUCCUCGGCCAUAGGAAAACGAGGGCUUUUCGAGAAGAUUUGAUAUAGAGCCUUACAACAGGCCAUAGCCCAAUUCUUACCCAGAAUCUAAGGUGACCAUGUAGCAAACUGACCCCAAUCCUUUCGCACAGCCAAUUUCUUGCUCAGAAUUUAGGAUAUCCGUGUAGCAAACUGACUUCAAUGCUUUACCUAGACUGGAAGAAAUCUAUGUAGUAAAGUACCUCCAGCUAUAGAACACUGAAUUGGUUAAAUGUUGUUAUCUUAACUAUAUUUCCCAGAAAUUCAGUGUUAGCCUCACAAUUGAUUUUGAUCUGGUUCUAUAGAUCUUUUAAUUGUUGCAUUUAUGAUAAACAAUUUGAAUAGCAUUUAAUGCUGAUGUUUUCACUACUAAAUUUGGUAUUAUCAGAUAUAAGAUAUUUCAUGUAUUCCUUUGACUGACACAAGUUCUUAUGAUUUUAAGUAGAUUCAUGAGCUGAAUAAGAAAUCAUGAUGUUUAUGUUGAUGAACAUUUUUUGAAGUUAUGAAAUAAGAAGAAUAUAAUUAUCUUUAGUUACAGUGAACAAAAUAUGAAUGGGUAAAGUACAAUCGAAAGACCAGCAAUGUUUUAAAACAAAUGCAUUUAUUAUUACCCAAUCAAGAUGAACGUUGUGUUAAUCUUUUUACAACAUUCUGAAAUGUAGGGUUAACUUGUGCAAUGUAUUUGACACACAGAUAGCAAAACGUAUAAUCUGUUGUAUGUUGACCGAUGACAGAUAAAGAACAAUCAGUUAGUAUUUGUCAUAGUUUUAUAUGGCCUUACUUGCCAGAUUAUCUUUUUCAUUCUUCCUUAUAUAUAUUUUACUUGUAAAAUACGAUUUUUAAAAAGUUGAAAUGGUUACAAAAAUUCAAAAUGAAAUCUAUUGCUAAACAAAAAAUUGUAUAACGGAUUAUAUUAAGAUUAGAGAUUACCAGCAUCUUUCUUAGAGGUUUUGAAUAUUUUUUAAUAAAUGAAAUCAGUUUUAGUUUGCAUUAAGUUUAACUGACAUUGUGCUCAGAAUAUUUAAGUUACAUGACAAAAUAUGGUUGAAAGUAAAAAUGCAGCAGAACACUACAAAAAUAUAAUUAAAUAUUUUAAAUAUAACACAGGAAGUUUCACAACUUCCAGUCUAUUAUUUUUUUAAAACUUUUGAGGUUUAAAAACAAUGUAAACGCGGAAAUGGACUUAUUUUAUAAUAAUGGAUUAUUGCAUUAAUAUUGAUGAAUUUUGCUGCUAAAUUGCACGAGCUAAUGUUUGAUUUACACACCAUAAUUAAAAAUCUUUCUUUUUUUUUAAAUGCACAAACUACUUGAAAUUGUAAGUUACAUGUGAUAAAAGUUUCCUGGUUUGAUCAUAGUUUCCUAGAGAAGAAAAAAAAAAACGUGAUCAUAGUAGGAAAAUAUAUUGGAAUUUAAUCAGCAAUAUGUUAUUUAAUUUUGAUAUUAUACUUAAGUUUUGAAGAUAACAAAUAUUCAUGCAAUAAACCAUUGUUUGUGAACCAUUUUUUGAAAGCUACAUCAUCAUCCUUGAUCGUCCUGAACAUGCAUGAAAUAUUUGCAACUGGACGUUAAGCAACCAACAAUGAAUCAAUCAUUAAUGACCUUUUUGGUAUUUAGUAGACACAAAGUCUUAUGAUAUCUCGUAAUUAUCUCUUUGACAAGUUGUAUAAGGAAUAACAUAAUGGAUAUCUUAACAAGAAAAUAUGAAGAAGUUAUAUUAUUUAUCAUGCAGUAAUGCAGAAUGUGUUUUUGAAUAUUGCAACUGAAAAAAUAAAAAUACAGUUUAUGUCACAUUAGGGUAUUUUGCUUGCUGUUGAACCAUUUUGUUUCUCAACCAAUUUUAAAAAAUUACGUUUUUUAGAAAUGUUCUACUAAUUGUUAAUUUUUUGCAUAUUUUAUAAAGAAUAAAACUAUUUCUUUA